GGCGGAGCGUCCAGAUAAAUGAGGGAGUUGAACCUCCAAGCAAGCAAUUCUUCAGUCCACUCUACUUUUGACCUUUGACUAAGCCAAGUGUGUAUACAAGGAUGUCGGACCAAACAUUCACAGACUUGGAUAUGGAAUUUGGAGAUUUGCUUCAAGAAUUCAACGAUGUUGUAGAAGAAUUGAGGGUGCCGUCGCAGAGCACACCAUGUGUGUAUGGCCACCUCCUGAGUGAGGCAAAGCGACGUGAUGGAGUGAGCGACAGCGGCAUAGAAGAUUCCGACUACAGCAGUGAACCGUCCCUUGGGAACAGCUUGAACACCAGCGAGGAGGAGCUGAGCACUGCAGGCAUGACGGCGUCACCUAAAGCCAAACUCGGGGACACAGAGGAUCUUCAGAGCUUCAUUGACAACUUGGACCGUGAACUUGCCGAGAUGUGAGCUGAGAGGAGGCCUCGUGACUGGCAGUGUAACGAGCCUGAAGUUCAAUAGAGACAAAGCGAACUGGAGUGCGACAACCCUGUGCGCUGCCGCGAAGCGACCCGAUAUCCGCCUAAAAGAGGUGAACCUCAGGGCCACAAAGAAAAUCAUGUUGGCGAAGGCUCUUUUGGAACGAUGGCCGGACUACAUCAUCUUCACCCUUUGACAAGGAAGUGUGACAUUCUUUUAAAUGUCUUUUAAUUAAGACUCCCACUUUAAUGGCGGGUCAUGAAAGGACCCCAUGCUGCUGGGUAAUUAGUUAGAGCAAUUGGAAUCAGACCAGCCUGCGGUGUCCUCAGAAAAAUGGCUUUUAUAUUAGAAUCUAAGGACCAUUCAAAAUAUUUUUUCACUAAUCCUAUUUCAGAUCUGCCCCUAUUUAUAUACUUUCCUUCUACGAGCUAAAACGGAUAUUGUAUUUUAAUUUGAUGUAUUAUUUUAUACAGAAUACAGAAUAUGAAGGCGUUGUACAGAAGUUGUAUGUCAUUUGUGUAAUUUUCUAGUUUCCUCUGUUGUGGAGUAUUUGAAUAUUUAACUGGUUUAUAAAUACUUAACUGGAUUAUGCUACGCUGAUAAAUGUACAGACCAAUAAAGCUUUUUACCUAUGCA